AUGCUGGAUCAGGAAUAUGAUCAAGAAAAAGCAGCCUAUCAGAAAUUGCUUCAGGACUACCACGAGCUGGAAGAGCGCAUGGAAGAAGCUGAGAGAGAACUUGAACUACUUUGUGAGGAACCAGAGAAAAGCAGCAGGAGUGAAACUGUUCUUGGCUAUUCCUGCAACGCUUCGAACAUUUUUAUGGAUCAGUUCUUCCCUAAUCGGUCGGACAGCGAAGAUAAUGGUCUGGUUGUUAAGCUGAAACAGCGGUUGAAAACGUCUCGUCGUUCUUCCAAAGCCCGAAGCAGUUCAAGUUCCUCUGCUCGAAUGGAGUCUAUUUCGUUCUUUCUAUUUCCGAUCAUUAGACACAUUAAUUGUGCCAAUAAGUUAAAAGUUUCUGUAGGACUGAUUGGUGAACUCGAACUAUUAGUAAAACCAUUGCAAACCCAACUGGAUCGUGAGAGAGAUGAAAAGAUGGAUCUCGUACAAGAACGUGACAGGGUUGAAAUACUGGACCAGGAACGAGUUAUGCUGGAUCAGGAAUAUGAUCAAGAAAAAGCAGCCUACCAGAAAUUGCUUCAGGACUACCACGAGCUGGAAGAGCGCAUGGAAGAAGCUGAGAGAGAACUUGAACUACUUUGUGAGGAACCAGAGAAAAGCAGCAGGAGUGAAACUGUUCUUGGCUAUUCCUGCAACGCUUCGAACAUUUUUAUGGAUCAGUUCUUCCCUAAUCGGUCGGACAGCGAAGAUAAUGGUCUGGUUGUUAAGCUGAAACAGCGGUUGAAAACGUCUCGUCGUUCUUCCAAAGCCCGAAGCAGUUCAAGUUCCUCUGCUCGAAUGGAGUCUAUUUCGUUCUUUCUAUUUCCGAUCAUUAGACACAUUAAUUGUGCCAAUAAGUUAAAAGUUUCUGUAGGACUGAUUGGUGAACUCAAACUAUUAGUAAAACCAUUGCAAACCCAACUGGAUCGUGAGAGAGAUGAAAAGAUGGAUCUCGUACAAGAACGUGACAGGGUUGAAAUACUGGACCAGGAACGAGUUAUGCUGGAUCAGGAAUAUGAUCAAGAAAAAGCAGCCUACCAGAAAUUGCUUCAGGACUACCACGAGCUGGAAGAGCGCAUGGAAGAAGCUGAGAGAGAACUUGAACUACUUUGUGAGGAACCAGAGAAAAGCAGCAGGAGUGAAACUGUUCUUGGCUAUUCCUGCAACGCUUCGAACAUUUUUAUGGAUCAGUUCUUCUCUAAUCGGUCGGACAGCGAAGAUAAUGGUCUGGUUGUUAAGCUGCAACAGCGGUUGAAAACGUCUCGUCGUUCUUCCAAAGCCCGAAGCAGUUCAAGUUCCUCUGCUCGAAUGGAGUCUAUUUCGUUCUUUCUAUUUCCGAUCAUUAGACACAUUAAUUGUGCCAAUAAGUUAAAAGUUUCUGUAGGACUGAUUGGUGAACUCAAACUAUUAGUAAAACCAUUGCAAACCCAACUGGAUCGUGAGAGAGAUGAAAAGAUGGAUCUCGUACAAGAACGUGACAGGGUUGAAAUACUGGACCAGGAACGAGUUAUGCUGGAUCAGGAAUAUGAUCAAGAAAAAGCAGCCUACCAGAAAUUGCUUCAGGACUACCACGAGCUGGAAGAGCGCAUGGAAGAAGCUGAGAGAGAACUUGAACUACUUUGUGAGGAACCAGAGAAAAGCAGCAGGAGUGAAACUGUUCUUGGCUAUUCCUGCAACGCUUCGAACAUUUGUAUGCUCAGCAAUGCCAGUGAAUGA